AUGCGAGUCGCUAAGAACGGGCCGGGAGGCGUCGGACACAACAGCAAGCACAGGGCUGGCGCGUAUCGCGCGACAGCAACUCGGGAAGAGGGUUCAUCGCACUGUCCUCUCAUUUUUGUGCGUCCUUGGAGCGCUGAUUCUCCUCUGAUGACCGACGUCAGUCAGCAAGAAGGUCCCUCACCCGCAAAUACGUCAAAUUUUGCAACAAUCGACCUUGCAGAUUACAAUGAAUUCACGAAGACGACACUAAAGUCGACCUCCGAAACAAUGGUCGAGUUCAGAAAGCGGGAAGGGAAGCAGCCAUGCGACUUGUGCGUCCGCAAUGGCGAAGAGUGUGUACCCGUUGACCCCGGCCGUGGUAUCCGCUGUGCACUCUGCUCCAAGCGACGAAAAGUCUGUAGCUGGAGGGCCGACAUCCUCAUUCCUGCCACCGCAACACACUACGGAUUAUCCGCGGAAGACGCGACCAAGCUCUACGAUAAAUGGGUGGAACUGCAAUCGAAACCUCCCGAGAAAGCCAGGGACAAACCCGAGGGUUCGAGCCCGGAGAAGGUUGCAGAUAUGUCGGCACCAUCCACACCUGUAGCUUCGAUUACCGCGAAGAAGCCCGUUUUUGCUCGGAAGGAGUUCAAGGCACGCAGGCCUGGCGAAUUUAUCUUUCAGCUCGGCAGCCCCAGCACUCAGCCCGGAGCCGACAGUCAGACCCGUACAGCAUCUACACAGAUCCCAGUAGCUGCAACGACGACGGCCAACCCCUCUCUCCGCAAUUUGACGGGCGCUACCACUACCUUGAGUUCGAACCCCGUUCCAAAAGGCAAAGGCACCACACAGACAGCCCAGCGUUCGGAACAGCACAAGAAAGCCAGCACCGUCAGCCCCAAGAUCCAUCUGGCUCGACGGAAUGGUACUGCUGUUGGCAGCCCCUCUACUCGACGAAAGAGUGAGCCUCCUCCAGCACCAGCUAUGCCAUCCACUUCAGCAACCACCGACUUGGAGACUCCAAAGCGCACUCGGAGGCUUACUCAGAAGGCUCAAGCUACUUUGGAGAAUCAGAAACUGCUGAAGAAGAAUGCUGUUUUGGCGAAACGGAAGCGCGAAGAAACUGAGGCUGAAACUGAGCUACCCAAAGAAGUGGUGGAAGAAACACCACAAGCAGCACCCGAACCUCCUCGGCGCGCAAGAGGUCGCCCUCCAAAGCACCGAAAGGGACAGGCUGCGAAAGAACCAGUGAAGGUGAAGAAGGUGACGGUCAAAGUAACGCGAGCCUCCAAACGACGAAAGAUCAUCGAGGAAGACACCCAUCCAGAUGUUGAGAUGGACGACGCCACCACCUCUUCCUCGACUCGUCAGCCUAUCUUGGGUGGAGAAGGAGCGAAGCUGCCUGACGACCUUCAAGAGAAAUACGCGGCACUGGAGGAACGGUAUCUUAAGCUGUGCGAUGUCUUCGCUCAAGGCGCCAUCGAAGCGAAGGCCAAGGACGAUCGGGUCCAGCAACUGGAGGAGGCAAAUCAAGACUUGGAGAGGAAGUUGCAAGAAACAGCUGAACGACUCGCGCAAGUGGAGGAGGCAAAGGCUGCCUAA